AACGAUUUGAUGCACAAAUAACCAAUUCUUCUUAUCUCUGCUUGUUGGACGUGGAUGUGUGUUGGCUUUACGCGCCACAACCACGAAGCAACUGGACCAGCCUCACACAAACCUCCUCCCCCGCUUCAGUCUCAGCUCUUGUGUCGGGUGCUCGCCUUGAGCAUCGACGUCGUUUGCUGCGUUGGUGUCAGUUGGCAUUCAUUGUUUGUUUGUGACGCUUCCUGUGUGAAACCGGCCACCAUCCACGGGCGUCGGGUGCUGCUCGGCUCACUGUCCCGCUUUGCUGGACACCAGCUUUGGGGUCGGAGCCACCGCGCGUCGUCGCAACUCCAGCUGCUUGGGACGCGGCGCUUCCUUCGCUUUCUCUCCCGCAACCAGCUGUGCUCCCAGCAAGCGCUAGCUGCCAGGUUUGAACAGCCUCAACAGCAGCAACAGCAGCAAGCGGAGGUGAGGGACGCAGAGCCAAUGACCACAGUCAACGUGGAAGAGGCCUUUCCAAACCAGGACGCUGCCGUAAUGGACACUCCACCACAAGCACAAGAGGGCGGCGCACAGGCCAGCAGUGCCUCAGCGCCCGAGACGGACGACAUGGCCAAGUCCUACCCUUUGGAACGCAACGGGCGCUUCCACAACCCGUUUGACACCUUUGACAUGAAAGAACAUUCAAGGUUUGGGCGGCUGUUCAAGCUGCUGUUCGACGUCAUGACCAAGGACGAGUCCAACAUCCCUUCGGCUGCUGUGCUUGAUGAGACGCUGCCUGUGCGAACCCCAGAUAUGGAGGUGCUGCGCUCCCCGCCAACAGACCGCAUGCACGUCACGUGGUGCGGCCACGCAGCCAUCUUGGUGCAAAUGCAAGGCCAGUCCAUCUUGUUUGAUCCCGUCUUCAGCGAGCGCUGCUCUCCUUCCUCCUACUUUGGGCCAAAGCGGUACCGGCCAACACCUCUGCGGCUGGAGGAGCUGCCGCGUAUUGACAUGUGCUGCGUCUCACACGACCACUACGACCACAUGGACCGGGAGUCCAUUCGCACCCUCCACCGCCUCAACCCGCACAUGCGAUGGUUUGUGCCCCUGCGCUGUGACGAUGUGUUGCGCGACGCUGGGGUGCCUGCCUCAUCCAUCACACAGCUGACGUGGUGGCAGGAGUCAACCGUCACCCUCCCCAACGACAAUGGCGACAUGACAUUCGUCCUCACUCCGGCACAGCACUGGGGCCGCCGCAACACGUUUGACAUGUUUAAGAGGCUCUGGGGCUCCUGGUGUGUCAUCGGCAAGGAUCAGCGGUUCUACUUCACGGGCGACACGGGCUACUGUCGCGCGUUUAAGGAAAUUGGCCACCACUAUGGCCCCUUUGAUGUCGCAGCCAUCCCCAUCGGUGCAUACGCCCCGAGGUGGUUCAUGAAGCCGCACCACAUCAACCCCGAGGAAGCGGUGCAGCUGCACAAGGACCUGCGCGCCGUCAAGUCGUUUGGUAUCCACUGGGGCACGUUCAAGCUCACCAUCGAGAAUUAUUUGGAGCCGCGCGAGGAGCUCGAGGCCCAAACCAAGGCGGCAGGGCUUGCACCUGAUGAGUUUACGACCAUGGAGCACGGGGAAACGCGCGCAUAUUUCCCGCUGAAACCCACUCCUAAAGAGGACGAGCAAGUCAUUGUUGUUUAGCGCUGCCACAAUCCUUGUGCUUGCCCUGUUCUUUGCUGUUUGUGUUUUUUUUUUCGGAGUGCGUCUGAACGCGCAUUGUUGGUUGGUUGUGUUGACCGCGCCACACAUGUCAUGUUGCUCGCACGCGGUUGGAUGAGGCCUGUGGUGUUGCUGUUGUGAAUUCGUGUUGGCGCAAAAAGGGAACUGUUCUGAUCUGUGUGGAUGCGUGGGUGUUAUUGUUGUUGCGGCAGUUGGCAUUUUGCAACUCAUACACAGCCAAUUUGACUCGAAGCUCUUGAGUUGUUUGGCACAACAGCGCA